AUGAAACCGAUGACGAAGAAGCUGAUGAAGACGCAGAAGUUGACCGAGACGAAGAAGAUGACCGAGACGAAGAUGACGAAACUGAAGACGCAGAAGAGCGACAGCGGCCAGGGGGCAGAAAUGGAGAAGGCCGAGAAGACACAGAUGGAGACGAGCUCUCCGUCUUCCUCCUCCGCUGCUUCCUUCUCCUCCGCCGCUUCCUUCUCGUCUUCCUCGUCUUCCUCGUCUUCCGCUUCAUUUGUCGACUCGCGCGUUCUCCGAGUAUACGGCGGUCGCGGCGGCCCCGGUUCGUGUAGCUACACGAAGCAUGCGAAGCAGAUUUUGGUCGGCCCCGGCACUCCGUCGGGAGGAAAGGGCGGCGACGGCGGCAGCGUCAUUCUCCGCGUGCUCCCGACAGGCCGUCGCGAGCCCGCGGCUGCAUCCGGCGGCCUUCCUUCCUCGCCUUCUCGCGAGGGACAGCGCGUCUUCUCGCUGACGAAAAAAGCCGAGAAAGCGGCGCGGAUCCACUCUGCCUCGGCGAGUGUCUGCGGAGGCCUCGGCGGCCUCCCAGGCUGGGCACGAGGCGAGGACGGUCGGCGCGGCGGGAAGAGCCACAGACCCGGAGAAACGGGAAGAGACACUGUCCUCCUCGUUCCCCCCGGCACCGUCGUCUGGGAAUUGCGACCUCGACGCUCAGUUCCUUCGCCCGCAAAAAGCAAGGAAGACUCACCAGAGCGAACUUCCUCGUCGUCCUCAGCCUCCUCAGACUCUUCAGACUCUGCUGUCGCUCCCUCUGUCUCCUCUUUGCCGGCGGACUCGAAUGGUUUCCCCCGGUGCGAGCGCGUUUUUUUGGGCGAUUUGUUGCCGUCUUCCCCGCCGCUGGUGGUGGCGCGAGGCGGUCGGGGGGGUCGGGGCAACUCGCGGGCGGACCCGCACAGAGCCGCCGGUGGCGAAGACGGCGAGGAAAAGGUGAUUCAGGUUGAGUUGAAGAGCAUUGCAGACGUCGGCCUAGUCGGUUUUCCGAACGCUGGCAAGUCCUCGAUUCUGGCGGCCCUCUCACGCUGUUCCCCGCGCGUCGCGGGGUUCCCCUUCACCACCAAGGCCCCAAAUGUGGGGCAAGUCGCCUUCAAAAACGGAGACACUUUGGCAGUCGCAGACCUCCCCGGUCUGGUUCAAAACGCGCACUUGAACGAGGGCCUCGGCCACGCUUUUCUCCGACACUGCGAACGCACAAGUCUCCUCGUGUACGUCAUCGACGCGAGCGGCGACUCCGCCACAGAAGUGGAGAGUGAAGAAAACGAGGCGGAGAGUGAGACUGAGAGGAGCGGCAGGGGAGGCCAGGCCUCCCUGGGCGAGGCGAUGGCAGCCAAGAAGAGCAGACGAGGGAAACGAAGGGCCGGGGACGAAGCGAGUGUGGAAACACAGAGCCGAGAACGCAGAAGGCGAAAACAACGUGAGAAUGUCAACGAAAAUCCUAAGGGAAAAGACCGAAGGGAAGCAGGGAGUGAAGAGGAGGAUCCUGGAGUGGGUGAGACGGCGCCGCGGGGGGGAAGGGGCCGGAGGAAGAGAGGAAUCGCUGAACAGAACGCAUUUGCAGGAGCGGCUCAAGAGUCGAGCGGCGGGAAAGCGAGCAGCCGUGGGAGUCGAGCCGAUUCAGAAGGAAGGGGAGAACAGAAGGACACGCAAGACGAGGACGAAGACACAGACAGUCUGUCAGAUGACAGUCGCAAGUGGCUUUCCGGAAUGCCGCGUAUUCCAAGAGAUCCUGUCGAAGCGUUCUUCGCUCUGUACCGCGAAGUCUGUCUGUACAGCGCAAGUCUGGCGACGCGCCCGUUCAUCAUUGCAGCAACCAAGUGCGACUUGCAUCCGGAGAAAACACUGGAAAACGUGGACCGUCUCUGGCGAGAACUAAACAGCCCGCGGCAGGAGAGCCGCCUCGCUGCGAUGAGGCAGCUCGCGCUGGCAAAGCACGGAAUGUGUUUGGGACUCAAGGGGCGAGAAGAGAAGGGGGAUCGCAGAGUGCACGACGAGACACCUGAGCAUCACUGUUUGCAUGGCGGCAGAAGAACAGAGGAAAGCGAGUCAAACUGGAAGGGGGGAAGGCGGGGUUUGGAGAAAGAGGAGACAGGCCGGUCAGAGGCGCACCCGACACCGCCAGAGCAGCAUCGAUUAGGCGAGCAGCACGGAGAGAGUGUGGGCAACACGCGUAACAGGGACGAAGACGAACUCAGACAGACAACUCAGAGAUACAAAGAGCAAGGAACGGCGCGACCGGCCGGUAUUCAAGUUGUUGCGAUCAGUUCGCGACACGGCCAGUGCCUAGAGCUUCUUGCGGAAACCAUGAAGUCUGUGGUUGAGGCCCACCGCGGAGAGAGAGAGCGAGUCAUGCAGCGGCAGCUCGAGGAGUGGAAACGAAGGGGCUAA